GGAGCGGCGGCACAGCGAGCCCUGGGCAGCGCCGCGCGUGCGAGCCGAGCGGCAGGACGUGAGCUGCACAGCCAACAUGAGCGAGCGACAAAGUGCUGGGGCCACCAAUGGAAAAGACAAGACAUCGGGUGAAAACGAUGGCCAGAAGAAAGUCCAAGAAGAAUUCGACAUUGACAUGGAUGCACCGGAAACAGAGCGUGCCGCGGUGGCCAUUCAGUCUCAGUUCAGAAAAUUCCAGAAGAAAAAGGCUGGGUCUCAGUCCUAGUGGGAGGGCCCCUUCCUCGAGCACCCGAAGACCUCGGCUCCAACCACCCCCUGUCAAGAAAUCCUAGGAACAACACCCCCGAAAGAGCCACCCGCACACAGCACCCACACCACGCCGCAGACCCCAAAUGCAUGUGCAGAAACCCGAGCCCCCCGCGCCCUGGUAGGGAGGAGCAGGCAACACGGCCGUGAGGAGAGAAAUCGGCGGGUUUGUUUCCCCCAUCAUGCCUCCUGCAGCUGUUUUCCUUGAGAUUGUAAUAAACGGAGU